AUGGCCAGGAUAAUGGGGGGUAUGACAGCCUCUAUAUAUACUUCGACGCUGGAGGAUGACGUCGAACUACACCGGGCUUGCUACGCCAUAAUCGAUCCCCUUGCCACCAUCCUGCGAGGUGACCCACGAUGUGUGGCGGAAGGGACGAUGUGCGAAUUUGUCGCCUGUAUCCUGACAGUGCUCCUGGAUUAUCACGGUAAAGCCCGGCGGAGGUUGAGUGAUCGCCACUUAAGGGGUGCUUUUGUUGUGUUCUACAUGAAACAACCUGAGCGCCAGGGAGAUUCAGAUAUGCACAUAUGCUUGUGUCAAUACAUUGCGUUAUCUAGAGGCGAGGGGGCCUCUGGUGUAAAGUGUCGUCAGCCAUCUUACGGGAGAAACGCGGGGGUUGACCUCUCUAACAUAGGAAAUCACCUGCGAGCGUGCAUGACAAUGAUAGCAAGGAGUGAGAUUUGGGCGGGGUUCCCCUUAUAUGGCAAUGUGUCUGGUCUUCCUGCAGUCUGCCCUUGCUUCUCUUGUGUACAGAACCCUGCUGACAAAGGGGCCUUGAUGCACAACAACAGCAGCAUGAGCUUGUUCCAAUUGAUCAAAGCUCCAUUUUCCAAGAGGCGAUAUGAAGCUUUACAUCACGGAUCUGAUGAGAAUAUAGGCGAGAAGCCCUUAUGUACAGCUUGCCAGCGCCAGUACAGAGGUAGAAAGAAAUUACGAGAGCUCAAUAUUUGCGUAAUGAGCGGCGUGUUCUUCACCACUGUCAUCAUAUUCCUGCUGCUUGCCGUGUUAUUCGACACGUACUUGAACUCGGAGAAGAACGCAGCUCUGCGUGGAAGCCUUUACUGGUCCCCAAUUCUCGAUGAUGUGGAGCUACCCCAGCGCAUAGCGACAAUGAACAGCACUCUCCUACCACCACCAGACCCAUCCAUCGCCCGUCAAGAACCAGGGCCAGAGAACGAUGCCGAGUGGUAUAAGUACAACGACACGCCACUGUUUUGGCUCACUCGAGAGGAGAUCGGAAAGCUCGGCCAAAACCCCGAUACAGCUGCAAGAUGGGACCGCGAAUAUUGGGGACACGAUGAAGACCUUUAUGUGGGAAAGUUAGAUAUAUCACAUAAGGCCUAUGACGAUUAUCCAGGCUAUCAUCCCAACCACCAUCACGAUAAGAGGGAGAGGGAUAGUAGCAAGAUGGACUGGAUCCAUCUCAGCCAUUGCAUAGAUAUGCUUCUGCAGUUCGUUCUUUGUAAAGCAGACACCGGCAUCGUUACCUUCACAUAUGUUGAAGGGCAGGAGGCCCCUUGGCCCGACUUUCAUCUCAAGCGCCAAUGUGGGAACCUCGAGCCUCUGCUCGACUGGGCAAAAGGUCGAGAGGGCAUCAUCACCAAGGGGAGGGCAAUCCUCAUCCAAAUUUGUCUUCGGGUUGAUGGACCUUCAGAGAUAGUGAUUGGACGACACGUUACUGCUGGUAGUGGAAGGACUUGA